AUGGAGGAAGUGUGUUGUUCUAAAAAAACGGAAACAUUAAUAACUUGGAGCGAAAAGCCGGAAAAACUUCUGCGAUCUAAUUUUUUGCCUAAACGAAAGAGCAAGGGGCAUUCUUGGUCAAAGCAUAUAUUUAAUCAUUUUGCUUUAGCUAGAAAAUUUCGCUCAAUAUUUGACUGUUAUUCAACAAAUAUACUACGAACAUUAAUUGCUCAAAACAAUUUCUCAGGCAAAUUAUCAAUACUAAAAGAAGCUAACGGAGGAGAAUCAAGUAAUAUUUCUGAUUCCGAUCUUAGAAUCACUUCGUUUAUAGAAUAUUCAAAUACUGCCUCAUAUUCCCGAAAUCUAAAUUCAUGUUUGAAAUUAAGUGGAUCAUUUAGAAAUUCUCAUGUGUUAUCUGAAAGUCUUAUCUGUCCUUUUACGCUUUUGAAUACACUUUAUAAGCGAAAACAAGGUUCAACAAGUUAUCGAACGAAAUGGCUUAUAACAAAAUUGUCAACUAUAGAAGCAGCAUUAUCAUUAUUUCAAUUAUCACUAUCAUCUACUUUAUCAUCCUCAUUUUUAUCAUUCACCAUGACAGUCGAUAUACCAUCAUCUAUGGAGUACAAUCGAAAAAGUGUAUCAGUUCAUUGCACCGCUAAUUUUAUCCUAAAUUAUCUCUGCAAACAUUCAGAACUCCGUGUUCCUACUGAUAGUAACAAGUUGAAAUCAUCGCUAUGGCAAUGUGGUUACGAAUAUUUCAAUUUACUCAAAAUGUUAUUCUUAUUAAUUAUAAUGUUAGUAGAAGGAUCAAAUGCUAUAUUGCUUUCUGGAGCACCUGGUUCAUAUGCAAGGUAUCCCAAAUGGAUGCAUACAUUUGAAAAUCAACUAUCGUUGGAUUUUCGCACGAAGCAAAGUAAUGCAUUAUUGCUAUAUACUGAUGAUGGUGGAAUUCAAGGAAAUUUUUAUUGUUUUACAAUUGCUAAUAAAAAAUUACAAUUGGAUUUCAGAUUAGGUGAUGAAACAAAUUAUUUAUCAUCGGAAAGGCCAGUGAUUACGAUGCAAUUGAAUGAUAUAGAAGUGAGCGAUUAUCGAUGGCAUCGUCUAACUUUAUUUCAGGCUUGGGAAAAUAUAAAAUUACAAGUGGAUGAUACGGUUCUUUUCAAAAUUCUCAAUCAACGUAGUUUUAGUUUUGGUAAUCUGAAGACAAACUCUGAUAUGUUUAUUGGCGGUGUUCCGAAAGAUACUUAUUUGCUUGGUGCAAUGAGUUCACCAUUAAAACGACAUACAAUUUCGUUUGCAGGUAGAGUAAAAAAUUUACUCUACAGGCUUUAUCCACAAGGUGUCACAUCACCGCAAUUAAUCGAAAGUGUUGGUAUGAGGCAAUCGGAUGAAGAUUUUUGUAAACUAACAAAUAUCGCUGAUAAAAACGAUCAUUAUUGCCGUAAUGGUGGUAUUUGUUACAAUACAAACGAAGGACCAAAAUGUGAUUGCUCAUUUACCGAUUUCCGAGGGAACCGUUGCGAAAUAGCUCGGACUGAUUCUGACUUAUCAUUUAAUGGUGAAGAAUUGAUUGGUUACGAUGUAAGCAAUAAUACGGCUGGAAUUAUACGCUUUCGAUCGGAAAAUAUUACAUUAUCAUUCAAAACAACACAUCAACGAUCUCUAUUAUAUAUUGGUGGUGAUCGCCUGAAUUACAUUUACAUCAUCCUGGAUGGGAAUUCAGUUAUUGCAACAUCAAAAUUUGAUGGUACCGAAAAACGUCUAAUACGAAUUUUGAGCGAUUAUCCAACAGGUCGAUAUGAUGAUGAUCGUUGGCAUACAGUUAUUGUUUUUAGAACGCUAACAUUGAUGACUUUAAGCGUUGAUGGCUUAGAAGAUGAAAUUCGUCAAUAUGCGCCAGAAAUUGAUUGGCUUGUUAAUUCAUUUGCAUAUUUGGGUGGCAUACCAAAGAAUAAGAAUAUUCCGGAAAUUAAAGUGGAAAAUUUCCGAGGUUGCAUGAAGAAGAUCAAAUAUGAAGCGGAUGCUCAUUUGAUUAAUUUUAUAACAUUAGCCGAUCAGGGAUACGGACAAUCGAUUAUACGAUCAACAGGCGAUUUAAGAUUUUCUUGUAGUAAACCAGCAGCAAUAUAUGCAGAUGUAUUUUCAUUCAACACUGGCCAACAUUUUAUUACUUUACCGAAAUGGAAUUCGGUAGCCAGCGGAAGUUUGAGCUUUCAACUACGAACACAAGAACUUGAUGGUCUCAUUCUCUAUCAUGGAUCAUUACCGACUGCAAAAACUGGACAUGAUUAUCUUGCUUUUGAAUUAAUUGAUGGUCAUUUGUUUAUGAUUAUUAAUCUUGGAUCAGGACAUAUUAGAUUACAGACAACAGCUGAAAAAAUAACGAAUGGAGCGAUAUGGCAUAAUAUAACGCUUGAACGGAUGGGACGAACUGGUACAGUGAUUGUUGAUGAUAUUAAAACCGAUUUUUCAACACCCGGUGUGUCUGCCAAUUUAAUCAUCGAAGAACCAAUCUAUUUGGGAGCAGUACCAUGGCCAAAAAAUGAAUCGGAUACUAUUGACUUUUAUGUACCAUAUCCGAUUUGGACAGCAAAUUUACGAAAAGGUUAUAUGGGAUGCUUGAAAAGUAUUCGUAUCAAUGGUAUUAAUCCAAAUAUUGCAAGAAUUUUUGAGGAACAAAAAGACGAUAUUAAACAUGGAAUUACUCAUGGAUGUUCAACUAAUCUGAAUCAGGAUUUUUGCGCCGUAUCACCGUGUAAAAAUUUUGGACGGUGUGAGAACGGUUACAGCAAUUUCCGUUGUGAUUGUUCAGUAUCAACUAUGGAAGGACCACUUUGUGAUAAAGAGCCAGAAGUCGUGGAUUUUUCAACGGAUAAUGUACCACAAUCGCUCCUACUCCCAAAAUCUAUGGAAAGCGAAGCGGAAACAAUUGAGUGCAAAUUUCGAAGCAGUAGUGAAAGAAAUGUUUUGUUGGAUACGAAAUCAAUAAAAUCAUCAAAUCAUCGUAUUUUACUUUUAUUGAUCAAGGGAGAACUUCAAUUGCAUCUUAACUUCAAUAAUUCUCAUCAUUCAUUCAAUUGGGGUAGCAAUUUAAAUGAUAAUCGAAUUCACUCAGUACGUAUUAAACGACGUGGCGAAAAACUUUUGCUAUUUUUGGACGGUAAAUGGGAACAUAAUUAUUUCCUACCGUCCUCUAAGGUAUUGGAUAUUGAUGAAAUAGCUGCUGGUCAUUCAUUGCAUGCAAUUUCAUCAUUAAAUUUUACAACUCAUGCAAACAGUACAUCGGAUGAGAAAUUUCGUGGACAAAUGAUAAAAAUGCUUUUUAAUGAUUAUGAUGUCUUAAAGAAUGCGAAGCGCAGAAGUACUGUGAAUAGUCUAUCAGUAAGAACGAGUGAAUUACGUGAACGAUAUAAAAUAAGAAACAGGAAAGCGAAAUAUUCAUCGGUAACAUUUGAAAAACAUAACGCAUAUGCGAUGAUCAACGAUGAACGUUUAGCAAAUAUUGGAAAAAUUUAUCGAAUUUCAUUCAAAUUUCGGACAUUAUCAUCAUCAUCAAUUUUACUUGCUUUUUCAACUAAUUCUACUUACAGUCAUGAUACGGCAUCUUUAGAAUUGUAUCAUGGUCGAAUAAGAUAUACUUAUAGCUUCAAUUCUCGAAUAGAAUCUGUAUUGUCAUCAGAUUUGCCAAAUGAGGAAGUCUUAAAUGAUUUUAAAUGGCAUAGCAUCCUUGUACAUCAGAAAUCAUUAGGUGGUGAGCAUUAUCUGGUGGUAGAUAACAGAAGCAUAGUAAUGGAUAGUGUUCAGGGACAUACAGUGAAUUUAGAUACACAAUUGCAUAUCGGGAAUAUACCAUCAGACGUUCCUGGUUUUCCGAGACUUAGGGAGGUUCCCGGCUUCCGCGGAUGCAUCUCUUCAUUACGGAUUGGAAAUGAAUAUCUGGAUAUCUUGAAAGAUGCUAUCGAAAGUUUUGGUAUUGCUAAAGGAUGCCAUGGUCCACAUACUCGAUGUUCACCUAAAGCAUGCUCAAAUCGUGGUAAAUGCAUUCAAAAAUGGAAUUCCAUCAAAUGUGACUGUUCAAUGACAACUUAUGCAGGCGAAAGAUGUGAUAGCCCUGGUACAACAUAUAUAUUUGAUUCAUCAUUAUCAGCAAUCUACUAUGAAUAUCCACAAUCAAUAAGACCAUCAACAAAUCGAGAUGAGGUGGCAAUUGGAUUUCGUACUCGACAGGCUACUGCUGUAUUAUUAAGUGUAGACUGUAAUGUUGAUGGAGAUUUUUUUACCAUUUUCUUGAAAGAUGCUUAUUUACAUGUACGUUACAAUCUCGGAUCACGGAAUCAUGAUGUUGGUUUUCUGGAUGCUUUAUUAAAUGAUAACAAGCAUCAUGCAGUUAUUAUAUAUCGGCAAGAAGCAAAUUUAACUCUCUACAUCGAUAAUCAUGAACCAAUUUAUUAUUCUCCACCUGGUGGUGAUAUGGAGCUUGUUACAUUAAACAUGCAAUGGAGAGUGACCAUUGGUGCAUCAUUUAAUUUAUUACAUCAUUCAAAACGACGGAAACGUGAACAAAUCCAUGAUAGCUAUAAUGGUUUCAUCUCAGGUGUCAACUUUAAUGGCCUAAUGAUACUGGACAUGCUUGCAAAAGGUUUACUUUAA